UGCGCAUUUCAAUUUAGCAAUCGGAACUGUAGCUAGGCUUCAAGGAAGUAGGCUUACUGAUUUCACAUCAAAAUGAUAAAAUUUCUACCUAAACUGCUUUUGCUAGUAUUACUAGCUUUCCCGGCAACGAUUAUCAUGAAAGGGCCAUUGGUAGCAGCCCAGGAUGCUACUGAGGACGAGGAGGCAGCUGAUGAAGAUGAUGUUGACGUGAACGCAGAGGAUGAGGAUGACGAGGCAGAAGUUGAAGAUGAUGAAAAUACGGAAUUGACGGAAGAAAAAGAGGAAGAGGAGGAAGAAGCCAUAGGAGGAGAUGUGAAAGCCUCCCCCAAUGCUGACACCACCAUCCUCUUCGUCAAAGGAGAUGACUUCCCAGCCAACGACAUUGUGAAGUUCCUGAUGGGCUUCACCAACAAAGGCAGCGACAACUUUGUGGUGGAGUCGCUGGAUGCAUCCUUCCGCUACCCUCAGGACUUCCAGUUCUACAUCCAGAACUUCACAGCCCUGCAGCUGGGCAUAGUGGUGCCUGCCGGGCGCCAGGCCACAUUCGAGUACUCUUUCAUCCCUGCCGAGCCCAUGGGCGGGCGCCCCUUCGGCCUGGUUAUCAACCUCAACUACAAGGACAGCAACGGUAACUUGUUCCAGGAUGCUGUAUUCAACCAGACAGUGACCAUCACAGAGAGAGAGGACGGACUGGACGGAGAGACGAUCUUCAUGUAUGUGUUCCUGUCUGGUCUGGGCCUGCUGGUGGUGGUAGGCCUUCAUCAACUGCUGGAGUCCAGAAAGAGGAGGAGGCCAGCUGCCAAGGUGGAGAUGGGCACAUCCAGCCACAACGAUGUGGACAUGAGCUGGAUUCCCCAGGAGACCCUUAACCAGAUCAUGCAGAGUCGGCGAGACAAGGCUUCCCCCAGACGAUCUCCCCGCAAGCGGACACAGAAGCGCUCUGCUGGUUCGGACGAGUGAUGGGCCCCCCCGCCCAGUUCUGCCAGUGGCGCUUGGCACCUGACGCACCCAUAGCACCACCCUGCGCCAAUCUUGUCAGCCGGGGAGAGGCAACAGCCUUCUUUCACCACAGAACCAAGUACCAUCCUCUUCACAAGAGGCUGGUUUCUACCGCUAAACUAGACAAUAAAUACCAAACGGACCCAUUUUUUUAUUCUGUCGAGGCGUUAUUAUCACAGAGGUGUUGUGAUGAAGAAACGGUUAAUGCAUUUUGAGUGAGUUUUUGUGAAGAUUAAAGUCCUGAAAGAUCAAGAUGGUGUGGGUGGGGAAGGGGGGGAGGGGUGUUAGAGCUAGGUAAUUGAAAUUGGUGGAUGAUACACCAGUUUUUUUUUUUUUUUCUUCUAGGUUUUUUUGGGGGUUGCGACUGCUUUUCCUUUUUUGACCCGUGGAUAUCUUUUUGAGGCAGAAUAGUGAUUGUUGUUUUUGGUAUCCCGGAAAGCCAUGAUUACACACCCCUUGUCUUCAAAAAAAAAUGUUUUGCACUGGUUAAUAUCUACUCAUUUGUGUUUUUGUCACAUUGUUGUCCUCUGCUGCUUGGUGGCACAGAGGAUGGCCGGCUUUGAAUCUUGUCAUUUGAAGUGCACUGCAACGUUCGGCCAUCUUUCAGAGCUUGGAUGAUUCUGUGAAGACAUGAGUAUAUUGUAAACGGUCUUCUUUUGUCCUCCAAUGUGCCUGUGAAAAAAACAAACAUGUUUUGUCUCAUUUACUGUAAAUUUGCAUUCUACAUAUUUCAGGCUCGAUUUAUGUCAAAUACAAGUUUGAAUUCAGUAUUUAAUUUUAGAUCUGAAUAAAGCACUGGUGUGUGUGUGUGUGUGUGUGUGUGUAUAUAUAUUGAUGAGUGCACUGCAAAGCUAAUUUAGUUUCUUGACUUGUCUGGAAUUACAACUCGUGCAUUUUACAGGCACAGUACAUUUACUACUGUAUUGCAAGGCCCCCCAUUUCAUAAACAUCCGAGAGGGGCUUUGGGCUAACUGUUCGGCACUGACUUUCAAGGACUGUCAAAUUUGUGAAAACAAAUGUUCGCAAUUAAAUCUUCCUUCCCCCCCCCUU